AUGGAUUGGGGCCUUAUGGAUUGCGAGGCCAAAGAGUCGAAACUCCUGCGCGAUGAAUUGGUCUACAGAUUCAGAGCAUACUACUACCUGGCCAUAAUUGAAGAUUUUCUUAUUAGGAUGGCUUGGAUCCCUAUUCUGACUUUGCAGCGACUCAAUUCUCAGCACCUAGAUCUGAUACGCACUAUACUGGCGGUAGCAGAAGUUAUACGGUACAUAAAUUAA